AGCCCCGGGCCCAGCCCCCACCCGCUGCAGCCUGGCCGGUUCCGGUCAGACCGGAAGCACCACCGGCGCGGUUGCCCGGGAGACCUGGGCUGUUUACCAGCGGGACUGAACCCAGCUACAGUGGCGGUGGCGGAUGGAGCGUCGCUGCGAGGGGUCUUGAGAAGCAAUGGCCACAGAAGCCCCUGUGAACAUAGCCCCCCCCGAAUGCAGCACUGCAGUCAGCACAGCAGCUGACAGCUUCCUUUGGCAGCGGGACUCGCUCAACAUGCAUGUCAUAAGGCCCAAGUCCGCCAAGGGCCGCACCCGGCCCAGUCUGCCCAGACCCCGGGGCCCGGAGGUGUGCUCCAGCCGUGCGCCGUCUCCGCCUCCGGCCAUUCCUUCUGAGUCACCGAGCAGCCAGAAACCAGGAGCCUGCACACCCAAGUCUCCCAACCAGUGGGCUCCCGAUGAGAUCCCAGAGCUGCUGCAGCAGGUGCCCAUCGGGUCCUCCUCUUCCCUCAAUAAAUACCCCGUCCUCCCUUCCAUCAAGAGGAAGAGUCUGGCGCAGGGGGCCCUGGAAACAACCUCGAAAAAGACCAGCGCCCUGCAGCGGAGCAGCCUCCAGGGUCUUUACCCCAAGGAGACAGGCACCCUGAGGAUGAGCGGAGAAGAUGCCAGAGCUCGGCCUUGUUCCCCAGAGAGGAAGUUCGUGAUGCGGCCCAAGAGGCAAAGCUCCUAUGGGGCUGGAGAUCUGGAGGAACCGUCAGAUCAAGAGCCAAGGCUGCUGCUUGCUGUCAGGUCACCGUCAGGCCGCAGGUUCGUCCGCCACUUCCGGCCAACCGAUGACUUGCAAACUGUCGUCACUGUGGCCGAACACAAGAACAAGGCCACUUACCGACACUGCAGCAUCGAAACGAUGGAGGUGCCCCGGAGACGCUUCUCUGACCUCACCAAGUCCCUGCAGGAGUGUGGAAUCGCCCACAGGUCGGCGCUGGGCAUCGCCCGGGAAGACAAGGAGGGAUGGCCCUGAGUCCGCUGCUGCCCAGCCAGGGUCCUGGGUCUCUGAGCAAGGAGUAUCCUUGGGUGCCACGGCCUCCGGGGCGGCUUGGUUCCAAAUGCCACGUGAGCCUGGGGAAGCCGUGCCUCUUGAGACGCUCACCCUCAGAGCAUCUUCUAUGAAGCAGUGAAAUCUACACAUGUGCCCAGUGCCUUAAGAAAAUUCUCUCCCGGUUGGCAAAUUCUCUCCACCGCCAGAGUGAACUGGCAAGUGACCAGCUGGAACAGCUGUGACCAGGCCGCCUUCUCCUUUUCUCCUCGGGUCCUUUCUGAAGCGCCUGCUAGCCUUUACAAUGAAUUUGCACUCUCCUGAAGCCAGUGGUUUGCCUUUCUGUAUUUGAUGCAGGAUUAAACACUUCCCAGAGAA